CGCUCCCGGCACACGCGUGCCCCGCACACGCGUGCCCCGCAACCCCUCCCUCCCUCCCUCCCUCUUUCCCCGAUGCUCAGUCUCCGCCAGCCGCGGUCGCUGCAUCCUCAGCGGGCGGCGAGAGGGAGGAGGCAAGGCGCGGCCGCCGGCAGAGACACCAUGUGACGGGCAUCGCUCAGUGACACGCAGCUUUGGUUAAAGAGAGUGCGUGCAGGAGGGGAGGCGACGGCGCGCGGGACGCGGAGGAAUAGCCUGACUUUCCCGGCUAAGCCGUCGCGAGCCAUGGAUGCGCAAGGGCGACGCGCGCCUCCAGUAAAAGAAUGACUGCGAUUCGAGACCCUCUGCGGCCCAGCGGGUGGAUGUAAGUGCGAGCACAGUGUGGGUGGGGGUUGGUGGAGAGGGGGAGAUUCUGAUGCAAUCGGCCCCGAAAGGAGGAGGAGAGCCAGGAGAGCGCGGGCUGGGACAGCCACACCGCUCCGCCUGAAGGUCGCCGCCCUUCACCUUCCUCGGAAAUCCGCCACGCCACGCCAAGCCUCCCCGCCCAGCCCUCGCUGACGGAGGCCACCUUUUCCCGGCCGAGGGAGCCAGACCUUGACACAAAGGACAUCGCACGGCUGCAGCUCCCGGGGAAAAUUCCGGGAGGGCGGACACCUUGACGUCUCCUUUUGCCACCUUUCCCUUUAUUGUCCGAGAUAUUUAUUUAGUGCCUACUGUGUGCCAGGCCCUACAUCUAUGUGCAUAGAAAAACCCUGGAAGGUCACACUUCGAUAUAUACACAGUGAUCAUCUCUGCUUGCUGAGAUAACAGGGGUGUCGACCCUAUAUUUUUGCUGCUGUCCAUUUGUAAAUCCACUCAGAAAAGAAGAAUUUGGACUAAUUUUUUGACUCCAGGUACUUUCUAAACAUGAUGCAUUUCAAAAGUGGACUCGAAUUAACUGAGUUGCAAAACAUGACGGUGCCUGAGGAUGACAACGUUAGCAACGAUUCCAACGAUUUCACCGAAGUAGAAAAUGGUCAGAUAAACAGCAAGUUUAUUUCUGAUCGGGAAAGUAGAAGAAGUCUCACCAACAGCCAUUUGGAGAAAAAGAAAUGUGAUGAAUAUAUUCCAGGCACCACCUCCUUAGGCAUGUCUGUUUUUAACCUCAGCAAUGCCAUCAUGGGCAGCGGGAUUUUGGGACUCGCCUUCGCCCUGGCAAACACCGGGAUCCUGCUUUUCCUGGUACUUCUGACUUCAGUAACGCUGCUGUCUAUAUAUUCAAUCAACCUUCUGUUGAUCUGUUCAAAGGAAACAGGCUGCAUGGUUUAUGAAAAGCUGGGAGAGCAGGUCUUUGGCACCACAGGGAAACUCGUCAUCUUUGGAGCCACCUCUCUGCAGAACACUGGAGCAAUGCUGAGUUACCUCUUCAUAGUAAAAAAUGAACUACCCUCUGCCAUAAAGUUCCUAAUGGGAAAGGAAGAGGCAUUUUCAGCCUGGUACCUGGAUGGCCGCGUCCUGGUGGUGGUAGUUACCUUUGGCAUAAUUCUCCCUCUGUGUCUCUUAAAGAACUUAGGCUAUCUUGGCUAUACGAGUGGAUUUUCUUUGAGCUGUAUGGUUUUUUUCCUAAUUGUGGUUAUCUACAAGAAAUUUCAAAUUCCCUGCAUUGUUUCAGAGCUUAAUUCAACAAUAAGUGCGAAUUCAACAAAUGCUGACAUGUGUACGCCAAAAUAUGUUACCUUUAAUUCAAAGACCGUGUACGCUUUACCAACGAUUGCAUUUGCAUUCGUCUGCCACCCGUCAGUCCUGCCAAUUUACAGCGAGCUUAAAGAUCGAUCACAGAAAAAGAUGCAGAUGGUUUCCAAUAUCUCCUUUUUCGCCAUGUUUGUUAUGUACUUCCUGACUGCCAUUUUUGGCUACUUGACAUUCUAUGAAAAAGUGCAGUCAGACCUCCUGCACAAGUACCAGAAUAAAGAUGACAUCCUCAUCCUGACGGUGCGGCUGGCCGUCAUUGUUGCUGUCAUCCUCACGGUGCCCGUGUUAUUCUUCACGGUCCGUUCAUCUUUGUUUGAACUGGCUAAGAAAACAAAGUUUAAUUUAUGUCGUCAUGUCUUGGUGACCUUCAUACUUCUGGUGAUUAUCAACUUACUGGUGAUCUUCAUACCCUCCAUGAAGGACAUUUUUGGAGUCGUAGGAGUUACAUCUGCUAAUAUGCUAAUUUUCAUUCUUCCUUCGUCUCUGUAUUUAAAAAUAACAAGCCAGGAUGGAGAUAAAGGAACUCAACGCAUUUGGGCUGCCCUUUUCCUGGGUCUGGGGGUGCUGUUUUCCCUGGUCAGCAUUCCCUUGGUCAUCUACGACUGGGCCUACUCAUCAGGCAGUGACGAAGGCCACUGAGACCAGCUGAAAAAACAAAACAGUCACGUCCCCACACAUCAGCAACCCCGCGUCACUCCCUCGGCAAGUUUACAGAAGCAGACAGAAAUUUACAAGGUACAAGACGGAAUAACACUUCACUGGCAAAACAGAGACCUGUUUCUCCAAUGGUUUAUGUCCCUCCAAGAUCCAGGAUUGAUCAAAGGAUUGUGGAUUUUUUCCCCCCAAAUUUCACACAAUCAUAUUUUCCAGUACUUUUCCCACUCAGUUAUUCUUCACUCUCCUAACACUAUUUUUUUUGUGAGUUCACCAUCUCUUAGAACUUUAAAAACAUGAUCAUCAAUCAUGUUUAUUUAUUAUACAUCCAGAUUCUGAAAUAAUUUUCCUACUGAUGUUCAGCUUCUGAUAUCUGUACCUUUUUAGAAGAGAAAAGAAUCUUGAAUUGUAUAUAUUUAUUUUGCUUUACAGAAAAAAAAAUGGUUUCGUAAAUAAUUUGCCUAUUUUGGUUAACAUAGCACAUAGGGAUAAUCAUAUGAGAGUUACAGGGCACAUGCCCCUGUUGGAUCAGAGGAUGCUCAAUAUUUGAGGUGGCUCUGAUCACCUGGAAGCUGAGGUCCCGUAGCCCAUGGCCUCGCUGGUACUACAUCCUGCUCUGUGCAGAGACAUUCCCUGGAGAGUGUUCUCAGCUGGGAAAGGGGUGGGAGUGAUUCUCACCUUGGUAAACAUACUAAACUACAUAUCUGGGUAAUCUAGUAAAUGAAGGUUUGUUUCCCUCUUGGCAAUUUGUGUCAGAAUUACUCUAAUCUGAGUCAGCUUCUACUGGGGAAGACCCGUGACACCUUUGUAACAAAUGGAGAAGCAAGAGUCCUACAAACAGUUGGUCCAAAAUGCCUGAGAAACAUCUUCCUCUGAUGCAGACAGCCUUCAGCGCGAUACCGGUAUUGUUGAAGGGGGAAAAACAUUUCCUUAAAUUAUCAACCCAGCAGCUUUUACUCAUGUCCACCAGCUCUUUGCACAGGGAAUAAUGUGUAUCUAACCACGGAGGACCUAGGAUAAGUAAUUCCUGUUUUAUAUUGGGUUCUUUGGGGGUGGGGUCUUUAAAAAGACUUGUUUUAUAUCUAUAAAUUUAGGUUAUUACAAAUAUAAGAUUUUUGUACCUUAAAUAAGCCUCAUUCCUAUUUCUUCUCCAUUAACAAUCCAUCCAGUCUUUAAAAAGAACAAGAACCCUCAAAGAUGGUCUUUGAGAAGAAUGUGUGAUGGAAUCACUGUGUACCUUUCUUCCCCCAGACGGGGCGUUUGGUGCCUGUGCUGGUCCUCUUCUCGCCCCUUGUCAAGGGUGGGCUGUUACUGCCCACCUGACGUGACCCACACUCUGCCCCAGCCCCUCUCCUAAAGCAGGAGAAGGAGACCACAGAGAGACUGAUAAAGAAGAGAGUUCGGGAGAAGGUAGCUUGGAAAAGGAAUGGGGGACGAUAUGGAAACCCAGAACCACAUCCCCCCUGAGCUGGGCCAUCACCUGCGACUGGCUUGUCCACAUCACACAGUGAGAGGCGUGUGUGCUCCUUGAACUUGAAACAGGGCUUGUAUUUAAUCUACAUCCUGGUUGAACUUCACAAACAUAUAAGUUCACUGAGCACAGAUUGCUUAUCCAGAGAUAAACAGACUGUAACCACAGACUCUUGGCAGAGCUCCCAGGCACUUAGUUCUAGGUUCUGUUCCUCCCCCACUCAGCUCCCCAAAGGUCUGCACGCUUCCCGGGGCUGACACGGGAUGUCCCCUCCCCUUGACAGACUAAUGUCCCAUAGAAAAAGCAGGCAUCAGAGCACCUUGUCGUGAUCCUUCUGGGGGAAGAAGGAAAGGUAGUUCCUGCAUUUCUUGGUAGACUCACCAGAGCUUUUAAUGUACUGCCCCAGAGUUACAUCCACAUUAGGUCAGCGUUCUGCUAUUCAGAUCUGAAUACCUACCUACAUGUGAAUUCCUAACUUAGUAAAAUCCACAGGCACGUCUGUCCUUCUCAGCAGUGUCUUCCGUGUCAGGUGAGCAGGGAGAGAAACUGAAUAAAACAAGUCAGCUGGCCCUUUGGGCUUGUCUAGGGCACCAAAUAAUGAAAUAGCCAGAUCGUGGACGACCCUUCAUUUAAAUAGAGACAAAUCUAAGUUUACAAACUAUGUUAUGCUACUUUCUGUUUUCUUCAUGAAUUUACAACAAUUCAUUUUACACUCACAGAGUCAACUUCGAAGUUCAUCGUGAACUCCCAGGACGUGUAGUAAUAUACCUGGAUCUUUGGAUUUUAUGUGUCAGGACAAGGGAUUUUUUUAUUAUUAUUUAAAAUAUAUUUAUUUAGAGGAGGCACAUUGCGGUCAAUGUCUGUGGUACCACAGGUUUUUAAAAUCUUCUAUAUAUGUUUAUCUCAGUUUAUUGUUGACUGAAUAUGACAGACCCUCCUGUCAUUCGUCAGAGAUCACUGAUCAGUUACAUCGCUUGGGUGGGCUUAGCUGCGAAACGUAUCGCUCUUACUCUUCUUGUUAAGAAUAGAGAGCUGGUAGCCAAACUGCAUGUACCACAGACAUUAGGUAGAAUUUCAGUAACACAGUCAAGUGCUGUGGAAGGUUUUCUGCUACGUGAGCAGACUCACGAGCAUUUUAUUUUCGCCACUGGGAGCAGCACGUUUUCCUUUGGCAGUUAGGAUCUCAACACUAGUGAACAGUGCCAGGUUCGUCCUUUAGACGGUGAACUGUUGUUCCCUAGUUAUCAUAACACAGCAUCCUGUAAAUCCCUGAUUUCCUUCAUGGUACUUAUUGGAAAUGGGGGUAGUGAAGUGUGUACAAGAAAGAAAUCGAGUCUUGUUAAGCACAGGCAGGCCCCAAUUUUUAAGCAGAGCAUAUUGUAAAACUCUGGUCAGUUGAUUGUUUGCAACCUGGAAUGUAUUUUCCUUUAGAAGCCCUGGGGGUUAUACAUGGUGUUAGGCCACCAGACCGGCUAGAUCUAAACCCAUAGUUUAGCUGAACAUAGGAUAAUAUAACAAGAUUGCUGAAGAACCUCACCACUAAAUGUAAUAUUGUUUCUAGUGGGUAUUUGUUCCAAGUUGCCAAGCGUCCGUCACUUCUGUUGCUGGUGGGAUCUGGAGUGCUCCCCCAGCCACACACCACCAGUUAGAGGUGCCCUGAGUGGCCUGAAGCCGUGCCUGCAGCAAAGGAGGAGAAGAGUAAGUCCAGGGCCACCAGACAGCCGGUGGCAGGAGGAGGGUGAGGGGCCACCUGCGGGCCAUAAGCCUCCAGGGACGUUCCUCAGCUGAUACCCUUUCUCCUCUGUGGAGUCUCAGGCUUGGCCUGCCUGCUUCUAUUUGUAGGACGUUUUGCUCCCGGAGUUCACCUCCUUCCCUCUCGCUACCAAAAAGGAUAUCGCUCCCACAUGCCAGUCACUGAAGCCAGCACACAGCACUUUCAAUGGAGUUAGUGCUAGUAAACCGUGGUCUGACUGCUCGCUUAUCAGACGAGGCUUAAAAAGCUCUCCACCCACCUUUCCUUUUUCACAUUUGCAGACCCUGUUGAGAAAGGCAUACAUGGGUGAUGGUCGUGGUACCACAGAGGGCUGUGGGAAGAUGUAUUUCAGAGGACAGCUCAGACAGUUCCCCCAGAAGUGGCUUCUUUCUGAAGGCCUCCAGGCCAGUGGUGCUCAAAGUGGGGCUCCCCGGGACCAGCAGCCACAGCGUCACCUGGGAACUCGUUGGAAUGCCCCUUCUCCGGCCCCAACCCAGACCUAGUGAAAUCGGACUCUCAGGGUGAGCCUAGCAAACCGUGCUGUAACACACCCUCCCAGUGAUCUGGGUGCACGUCAAGUGUGAGGACCACUCGGAAUCAGUUAAUCUUUCCUUUUUGAUCCCCGCUAGUCCUGCCCCUUAGUCCCAGAGGACUGUUCCUAGGAUUCUCGGGACAAGAGGUGGGAACCAGGACUUAGGGAGGGGAGGAAAGGGCCUCGCUUCAUUGCCCUCCCCGGUGAAAUGCUGGUCCAGAUGCACAGUUGUCAGUGGGGCUGCCUGCAUGUGGGCUGAGACACGCUAAGAUUGCAGUUUUUGUAGCUGUGAAGAAAUAAAAGUGAGGUGUUUUGCGUCUUUUUUUUUUUUUUUUUGAAAGGAAUGAAAAGAUGUACCCUUUGUAAAUGCAACCUUCGAGGAAAUACUGGUUCAUGUCAGGAGUAAGGUCUCCAGGAGGUGUGGGUUCACUGUGGGGUGGUCAGUCCUGCCCUCCUUCCUAGUGAGUUCUCUGCUAAAAGGGUCGUACUGCCCAUGGGGCUGCAAAGGGCUCCGAGGAAACUCACGCACAGCUCUGGGUCAAGGUCAGAGUGCUGGAUGGAGCAUUUCACUGGGUUUGCGGCAAGGAGGAGGCCGGUGAGAUGACCAGAUAAUUGAUUUUAUGCCUUUAGUGCAAAAGCCAUCCAUUUCCCUCUGGUUAUCUAGGUCUGAGGCUUAGAAAGGGUGUAAACUUUGAGAACAUAAUUCCUCCAUUCCAGUUCAUAGGGAACUUCUAGCCACUUUCAAACUAAAAAGAGAGACUGUAUCAUCUAAGAAUGUUAAUGAACAUUCCCCUUAGGGAUGGCAGAGCUGAGAAUCUUUUAGCAACAGAAUACACUUCCUCGAAAAUACAGUGAAUUAUUUAUAAUGAUCUAUGUCUUUCGGGUAUCAAUUAGGGGUGGGGGUGGCUGACAACUGAAAAAUAUCACUAAAUCUUGAAGGGAAAGUUCUUGAAAAACAUGUAUAAUUCACAAGACUCAGAGCUUCUUCGUCUCUUAGGGUUUUCUCGGAGGAAGGACUGUGAAACCGGGCCCAUCUAUAUACAGGCUUGAAUUUGUGUUUUUAAAAGGAAGAAUCUAUGCAGUUGAGGCUUAUUGUAGGAAAUACUUUGCUUGUAUGUAAAUAUAUUGUAAAUACAUAGGAGGCUGUAUAUUUUUGCAGUUGUUAAUCCACAUUGAAAUAGAAGUCUCUAGUAUCUGCCUAUCAAGAAUAAAUGUUUUCAUAGAUAUUAGAGGUUUGGUUUGGGAAUUAGAAAAAUUUACCUUCUCUCCCAGGUAACAUAGUUCUCUCAAUGUAAACUUGGAACCUAAAAAAAUCUUACUUAAUUGUUUAGAGAAAGAAAUGUCUGAAAAAUAGCUGCGUUGAUUUCUUAUACUGGUAUUCAGAUCAGUUAUUUAAAAGAUAGUCCUCUGAGCUACAAAUAAGGAACAUUUUAGACCCAAGUGGUUGCCAUAUAGAAAUAGAUAUACUCAAAAUAACGAGUUGUUUCUUCAUAAUGCUGUUUUAACGUUAACACUGAUACCACUACACAGUAUUCAUGAAAACAAGUUGGGGAGGAGAAUGUGGUUUUUUUUUUUUUUUUUCAAAACUGAAUUGCUGCAUUUCCCAAACUUUGGGAUCUUUGAAAUGAGGGGAAAGACCUGAGCAUUAACUAUGAGCACAAACAGAAAGAAAGAAAUAAAAGAAAGAAAGAAAGAGAGAAAGAAAGAGAGAAAGAGAGAAAGAGAGAAAGAGAGAAAGAGAGAAAGAAAGAAAGAAAGUAAGAAAGAAAGAAAGAAAGAAAGAAAGAAAGAAAGAAAGAAAGAAAGAAAGAAAGAAAGAAAGAAAGAAAGAAAGAAAGAGAAAGAAAGAAAGAAAGAAAGAAAGAAAGAAAGAAAGAAAGAAAAGAAAGAAAGAAAGAAAGAAAGAAAGAAAGAAAGAAAGAAAGAAAGAAAGAAAGAAAGAAAGAAAGUAAGAAAGAAAAAAGAAGGAAGAAAAGAACCAUUAUUUUAUCAAGCUUUUGAAAGUCUUGCAUGACUGCCUUUACUUUUCAGUGUCGGCACCAACACAGACUGUCUUAAGUAAUGUUUUCCCCAAACACUUGAAUCUUGGUGGUUGGUACAUAAUCCCCUCUAGAAUCUGUGUAUUUUAGACUUCAUCUGAGUCCCAUACAUGUAGCACAUCACUGUUUCAUUCAUGUAAAAACCUUGUAAAUGAAUUUCAGAUGGAUGAUUUAAGUGAGUCACAAGUCACAAAACUUUGCUCUUCAUGGUUAAUCAAACAUAUAGAGGUUUUGGGGGGUUUUUUUUCCCCCCAGGAUGUGGUGUAAAUAAAGAAAUGUAAGAAGUUCUGUUCUAUAACUGCUCUGUUAACAUAGUUUUUAAACAUUAAAAAAUGUGAAAUAAAA